AUGAUGUACUUGGUGGUAAUGCUGCUACUCUUUGUGGUCGAUAUAGUAUCAGGGGCGUCGAUCCGAGCGUUGGACGGCUUCGGUCGUCCUGUGGCAUGGUGGGCUGUGCUCAAGUUGCCGUCUCAUGUCCAGCCGCCCACUGGCGUCAAGACUCGCGUGGUCCCCACACCAUGCGACUGUCCCGCUCCGAAUUGUAGUAAUGUCCCCACUGGUGGGUGGCCAGCACUACAGAAGAGAGCGACGGGGCUUUGCUAUCUCUACGCAGACUCAAGGAAUCCGAAAUUUCGCUACUUUCGAGAUGUUGGAUAUGAAUGCUUGGGCCAAGGGGGCAACGACCCAGUGAGUCGCACGCUCAGGCAGAAAAACGCCGACAGUAAACCUUACUGGGCACUAUUCAACGACCAGCUCAAUGGAAUCGCUGGAGCUUUCCAUCCUGAGUUUAACCUAAGUAUUGGGAUCGAGAGGGUCUGUGGAGGGGGAGAUUUGUUCAGUGCUCAUGCUAAAGGAGCUGUGGCAUUCCAGGACGACGGCAGUGGAGGAUUCUUCUUACAAACAUCGACACCGAAUUUCCCUGAUCCAACACUUAAUGAUUCGUUCGUGAGACUUGGCUGUCAGACGGACAACAAUGUGCAGUUUGCACAGCAUAUGUUGGCCAUAUCAUUGGGAGAUGCAGAAUUGGAGAAGCUUGGAGAGGGAUUGCAGCUUGCGAGGUUGUGUUCGGGAAACUUUUUCCGGUACGUAUCGCUGCGGAAUCGUUUAGGCAGUGUCAAUCUGUUUGAAGACGGGGCAAAACAAAAGAAAUCCAGCGCCGCAGCGUUUUAUCGUGCACUUCUGGACCCACAUUUGCCGAAGCAACAGCCGACUGACCCGAUAAAGGCUGAGUUUCGACUUAAAUUAUCGAGUAUGACUGAAGAACUAAAAUUGGAGAGGUCUCGAGUGUUUGAGCCACUUACUGAGGGCCGUACCCUCGCGAGUCUAGUUAAUGAAGAAGAGAUUCUAGUACUUGUCAAGAGUCCACGUGCUGCUGUGCCGCCAUGGUCACUUGUGGCUGAAAUGCUUGAUUCCGACGUGAGUGUGGCGUCGUGGUGGGAUGGUAGCUACGGCAUUCCAAACGUUUGUGCUGGUGAUGUCUACACAAACUCUCCAUACAUGUUUUGUUUAAACAACCCUCCGACAGGAGUGAAGUUAAAUGAAGACGGGUCUGCUCCAUACAACAUCGAAAACCUUAUUGAAGCCACCUGGCACUUGAGCGAUGGCAGUGCAAAUCUGACUUGGCAACUAGCUGGUGGGCGAGUUCCAGGCGGCAAUCACGCAAAGUGGGGACUAACGACACCUCGAGCCGGACAAGUAAAUGCCUCAAAUGCUUACGUGACUUUUGGUGACCUCAAUAUGGAGGGAUUUCCUUGUUCCAAAGCUUGCAACGGCUCACAAGCAGGUCGAGGUGGAAGCUUCUUUUCGCUCAUGCAUCCAGGCUUGCGUACAAGUUUAAUUGACUCCGUGAUCUCUGGCGCCUGCCGAUGUUCUCCUCCUCCCGAAGAGACGCAACGUAAUCCAGACGACGUUUUCUUUGCGUCAGUUCUGGAUGACCCACGACUAACUACUUUUGAGGAGCUGCGGAUGUGCCAUCGUGGAUGCGUGAAAAAAAUCGAGGAGCACGUGGAGCCGGCUCAGUUACCGGUAUUGAGCGCAAACGCUUCGUCCUUUUGGACAAAGUAA